AUGGCGACGAGCUCUGCUUCCGAGCGCGAGUCAAGUGAGCAUUCAUCCAAGAAGAAGUCUAAAAAGGCCAAAUCGAAAUCACCCUCGAGUGAUGCCUCAGACAAGUCGGAAAAGGAGAAUGGAGAAGUCAAAGCCAAGGAUGAUGAAGGCUCUAGCGAGGAAAGCGUAGCGAGAGAGUCCACGGAAGAGGAAGAGGAGAAGGAGAAAGAGGAGUCGGAAAAGGAAAAGGAAAGUGAGAGCGAGGAAGUGGAGGAGCCCUUGGAGGAUGAAGAGUGCAAGAAAGCGGAGGAAGCCUUAGCAGCGGCUGCUGGGCAGGCACAAGAGGCUCGGGCACGAUUGGAAGCCGCAAAGGCGGAGCUAAUGAAACUCAACAAGGAGACGGACGAAAUGAAGAAGGAGGCUCUACAAGCGGCGGAGAAGGCACAGCAUGCCGAGAAGACACGGGAUGUGGCGAAGAAGGAAGCAGAGGCCGCCAAUUCCAAAUUGAAAUCAGCAGAUGCUGUGUACAAGGCAGCAAGUGAAAACCUCAAGACUUCUGCCAAGAAACUGAAAAAGAUGCAAGAACAAAUUCCUGAAGCGCACGACGCAGUUGAUGCACGUGCUGCUGAGUACCAGGCUGCUGAAAAAGCGGAGGCAGCAGCUCGAGAAGCCAAAGAACAAGCAGAAGAAGAGGCUAGAGAACGCCUCAAGGCCAAGAAGGCCGAGGAGAAAAAAAGCCAAGGCCGCAGCAAAGGCCAAAGAAGCAGAGGCGGAGAAAGAAGCAGAGAGGAGCUCAGACGAAUCUUCGGUUCGCUCAAAGAGCUCAGAGCAAGGCGCACGGAAGCCGAGUCCGUCUGA